AAUCUUCAAGGGCCAACAGUAAUGACGGAAGGAAUCCCUGUCGCUAUCAGAUGCUCAGUAGAACAUACCUGUGGCUCUGAUCCUCCAACUCUCCGGUGGAACAAGAGGCAGUAUCUGCCUAGAACAGGAAAACAAUAUAUCUCAGAAGGGAGAUGGGAAGCUAUAUCGGAAAUAACAUAUUCCCCUACAUAUGAGGAUGAUGAAACUGAAAUACAGUGUUCAGCCACUUACCCUAAUGGGCAAACCAGCCACAAUGCAGCUCCACUCAACAUUAUAUAUGCCCCCAGGGAAGUGCAAAUUGUUAUGUAUGAAAGAGAAGAUGGAGGUGUUGACUUAAAGUGCAGUUUCUCAAGUAGCCGUCCUAAUGUAACCCAGUUUACAUGGCUGAGAAAUGACGUCCCUAUGAUAACUCGGGCAGAGCCAAUCAUAACGCUGGAAAAAGCUGAAGAAAACGCAGGGGAAUAUCGAUGUAUUGCUCACAAUAAGGCUGGAAAUUCGUCUUCUGAUAAACAAGUUGCCAUUCAAUUUAAUGAUGUUUCAACCUCAACAAUCAACUACAUCAACUACAUAAGACUUGGCAUUGGGAUCCUCAUUGUUCUGCUCACCUUAUUCAUUGUUAUUUUACACUUCAGAUUCUGGUAAGGCAACAGCUUUCUCUCUUUUUCA